GCCUGUGGGAAGAGACAUAUCUCGUACUCCUGAUGGGCCGGGCCAGUCUCUCGGCCCAGCUCCCCCGAGAGGCGGCCGGAUCCUCUGGGCUGCUCGGUAGAUGCCUUUGCCCCUGACUCCCAGGCAUGAGGUGGUUCCUGCCCUGGACGCUGGUGGCAGUGACAGCAGCAGCCGCGGGCAGCGCCUUGGCCACGGUCUUCUCUCCAGCCCCCACGGCCAUGGCCAUCACCCCAGUGCCACUGGAGGAUACAUCUUCACACCCCCAGUUCUGCAAGUGGCCAUGUGAGUGCCCGCCGUCCCCACCCCGCUGCCCGCUGGGGGUCAGCCUCAUCACAGACGGCUGUGAAUGCUGUAAAAUGUGUGCGCAGCAGCUUGGGGACAACUGCACAGAGGCAGCCAUCUGUGACCCCCACCGGGGCCUCUACUGCGAUUACAGUGGGGACCGCCCGAGGUACGCAAUAGGAGUGUGUGCACAGGUGGUCGGCGUGGGCUGCGUCCUGGACGGGGUGCGCUACACCAACGGCCAGUCCUUCCAGCCCAGCUGCAAGUACAACUGCACGUGCGUGGACGGCGCCGUGGGCUGCACACCCCUGUGCGUGCGCGCGCGCCCCCCGCGCCUCUGGUGCCGCCGCCCCCGGCGGGUGCGCGUGCCCGGCCGCUGUUGCCAGCAGUGGGUGUGCGACGACGUUGCGACAACGCCGCACAAGACGGCGCAGCGCCACACAGGCGCCCUAGCGGCCACGGGUGAGGUGGAGCCGUGGCACAGGAAUUGCAUAGCCUACACGAGCCCCUGGAGCCCUUGUUCCACCAGCUGCGGCCUGGGGGUCUCCACUCGUAUCUCCAACGUCAACACCCGGUGCUGGCCUGAGCAGGAAAGCCGCCUCUGCACCCUGCGGCCCUGCGACGUGGACAUCCGUCCACACAUCAAGGAAGGGAAGAAGUGUUUGGCCGUGUACCAGCCCGCGGCAUCCAUGAACUUCACCCUCGCCGGCUGCACCAGCACGCGUCCCUACCGGCCAAAGUACUGUGGGGUGUGCACAGACAGCAGGUGCUGCAUACCCUACAAGUCCAAGACCAUCGACGUCUCCUUCCAAUGUCCCGACGGGCCUGGCUUCUCCCGCCAGGUCCUAUGGAUCAACGCUUGCUUCUGCAACCUGAGUUGUAGGAAUCCCAACGAUAUCUUUGCCGACUUAGAAUCCUACCCUGACUUCCCAGAAAUUGCCAAUUAGACGGGUACAAAACACGGGGCUCGGGCGUGGCCCAGUGUGUGCAAAGCAGCCAGCCCUCCGAGGCCCCCAGUUGAGCCUUCUUCGUCCACUUCCCGCUGACCUCUAACUAUCCUGAUCCAGACCGUCAGCCCCCUGUCUUGUUUCCAACCACCCGAACGACCCGUUCUGCUGCUGCUCGGGCCCAGACUCUGACUUCUCUCCUUGGCCGUGUUCUGCAUACGCUCCAAACAAAGUGACUGUCUCCAGCUCUUCUGGACAAAACCCAAGCCUGUCCAAGUCACUGGAAGUCCUGCUGGAUCUUACCGGAGUUCCAAGGAACAGAAUCAGCUAGGCAUUUCACAUCGCUCCUUCCCUUUCUAGAUGCCAAACCACAAGACUCUUUGGGUCCGUUCAGAAGCACAGAUGGGAUCUAGGACAAUGGAACAGUCUAUUAUGUGGGUCCUGCCACGUGGACGCUGAUAGACAGCUCUGACCGUAGCACACCCAAGUGUCUCUGAUUCCGAAGAUUUGGGCUAAGUCUCUCGUCAUCCCUGCAUGGUAAAGGGUCCACACUGGUUCGUUUUGGUCAGAAAUGCAAUUUGAUGACUUUCAUUCUUAUUCACGGGAAAAGUCUCCAGUCAAUACUCUAGGGUCAGAACAGGGUCGGCCAAUUUUCAGAAGUGAUGGACCCUGGCGUGAAUCUGCUGCUGACCAGCAGGACACCAGGCAGCUGGCCAGCUCUUCUGGGCAUCCAGACCCUCUCCCUGCUUCGGGGCUCCUGGGAGUUGGGGGAGCCCUUAGGAUGGCCCCUCUGACCCCUGAGAGUGGCAUCCCGGGACGUUGCUCUGCUCUUACGGGCCUUGGGAGACCCCGCUGAAGUCCGGGCCAGACCCGCCUAAAGUAACAGAGACAGCUACAGGCUGUAUGUGGCUCAAACCACGAAGUGGAUCCACUCUGCAUCAGUCUGGGGCACAAGGACACCGCUCUUUCUGCUGCAGUGACCCUUCUCACAGACUUCGGGUCUGCUGACCCAAACCCCCAGUCCUGGUGUGAAGACAGGUUUACCAGUUGUCUAGAAACGGAAAUAUAUUUAACAGGGACUAAAUGUCAAAGUGAGUUGAAGCUUAAAAGGAACAGAAGGUUGUUAUGAAUGGAAAUGAGACUAUUAUUUAUCUUGUUAACAGAAUAUAAAUAUUUACUGUCACAAUUCUUUUAUUUACUACCUUCUGUUUGCCGGAUAUUGUUCCCAGGGCUCUGCAUGCAUCGGCUCGUGGGGAGACUUGGCAAUCGUGUUGGCAAGGGCCUAUUAUUCUUUCUGUUCUUACAAAUGUGAAAUAGCAGCUCAGCAAGCUACGGAGCCUUGACCGAAGUCAGCCAGCGGGUACGUGGGGAAGUCAGGAUUCAAAUCCAAGUCGGAUUGACUUUACGACCCGUGUCUCUGUCCUUACUUUUUUAGAGCUCCCAAGCGUGUCGAGCAGGAAAACAUGUCAGAGUAACCGACUUCCUGCCCUUGUUUUUUCACUCGUUUUACUGCCUCUCUAGCUCCUUUCCCAAGAGAAGCGUAUCUCGCUUUCAGGUAAUGUAGGUGCCUGAGCAUCCAAAAAAAAAAAAAAAAAUACGGGAUGGACAAAACUCCAUGAAUCGGUCCUCCCCUCCUUCAGAUCAGGAGCCAGCUCUCAUCAUGAAUUUAAGAGAUGGUUUUGUUUAUCCAAUGCUUCGGAUGAGAGAUGUGCGGGUUAUUCCUGAGGGAAUUCGGUGUUGGUGGGCCAGGGGUUCUGAAAUAGGAAAAAAGGACUGGAAAUAUGCCUUCCUGACCAUGACCUCCCCCACGCCUGGUCCAUACAAGGCAUACAGUGGUCCUCAAUAUAUAUUUGUGGAAUAAAAGACACCAUGUAUGUGUUCCUACUUUUACUCAGAGGCUCUCUUCUUCCAAAGGUACAGAUCUUAUCAGCCAACUUAUUUAAAGUGCCCUAGGAAGGAGACACUGGAUAUUUAAACAAAUGUCUUUUUUUGUUGAAAAAGACAUUUUGUGUGAAGAGCAUUUACCCCAAGAAUUAGCUCUUCUCUAAGCCUGUGUGGAUCUACGUUGGAUUUUCUCAGAGUGAAAUUACCUGAGGUCUACAAAUCACAAGGACCGGAUGACGGCUAACCGCGUUUGAAAUUCAGCAGAAAUCCAAGAGCUGGGUUCUUCCUGACUCUGCAUCCCAGUUUGGAAACAUGAGCAUAGCUUCCAAGAUCCUAGGAAACCUGGAUGGAGGAAUCCGGGAGUGCCCUGGGGCCGAGUGGGCUGGGGUAACUCCGGUUAUGUUGGUUUUGAGAAAUGGACGUGUCCUAGGCAGGCUCCCCUGGGAAAAGUCUCAGCUCCAUGUUCUGAAGUCAUGGGGAAGGAGAUUUGGGACCAAUGCAAGGAAAACCUUUCUAGCAGUCAGAUGCGCUCGGCAGUGGUGUGACCGACCUCAAUAAAAGUUAGGAAUAUUAGUCACAAAGAAAAUAUGCCCCUUUUUUGAAGGCCUCCUUGGUGCCACCCACUUUGCUUAAAUUAUCUUACUAACAUUCAUGACGUUUGGAAGGAAGCUUCUCGUCCCCGUUUCUAUACACGGAAAGUUUGAGACUCAAAGAGGCUGAGAAAUCAGCCAAAACAAAUUGGAGCCCAAAUUCCAGCUUAUUCCCCUCGGCCUGGCUCCUGGGGAAGCCUCCAGGAAGAGCACGAAUGACCCCCAGAAGAGCGUCUCAUUGGCAAGGCCAUCCAGUAGACAAGACAGAUGGUGUCUCCAGUCCUUUGUUACUCCGUGUUCUGGGAUAAGGGGAAGGUACACGAAGGAUUUGUUAGCCUUUGGUGAAGAAAUUCACGUUAGCGCCUCAAGUGAAUUUCUCUGGUGUGCUUAGGUGGGGAGAGAGGAAACCUGUAUUCUCAAACCACCACUUCUUGCUAAACCUUAUUGUCAACACUUGGCGAGCACUUACUGAGUGCCAGGCCUGGGCUAGGUGCUUUCCUGCUGUAUCUUUCUUAGUCCUCAUAGCAAACCUAUGAGACUUGGCGUUAUAAUCGUUUUCCGCUUCAGAGAGAAGACGCCGAGGCUCAUAGAUGUCACGUCCUCUGCUCAGUGUCUUACUAGCUAGGGAACCGCAGACCGGGAUUGCCAACCAAGGUCAGUCUGACCCUUGAGCCAUCUCUCCUGACCCCAAGCCCGGUGCGCAUGCCCCCGAAAUCAAAAGGUACCAAGAGGUGCUUUACUGACAACAGGGUUGUGUCCGGACAAUGUUAAUUUCAAGGUGAUUCAGAGAGGGAGUCAAGCAAGUAGGUUUGAAUGAUACAGUUGUCUAUAAUCUCAUUAACAUUGUGCUGUGUGUACCUAGAGAUCAUGGGGAAGCAACGAAACCCCUGACUAUUCUAUUGAAUUAAGUCACUGCUUUUUAAAGACUUAUCUUGCUGUAAAGCAACUGCAAUAAUAAGCCUGCAGAGCUUGGGACUCACGAAUGGUCAGAACGGUCAACUGUGUAUCUGUGCGCAUAUACGUGUGUGUGUGUGUGUGUGUGUGUCUGUGUGUUUAUAUCUAUUUUCAAACUGUGACUUCAUAUUUAAGUAUUCCUACCGCCAUUUUUGCAAGUGACUAAAAAACAAAUGAAGGAAUGUUUUGGAAUUUCCCAACAGAGGAAAAAAAGAGCACUUGGGCGAUCUGUCAUGUUUUACAACAUUCCUCAUUUUUCUCAUGAUUUGUGUAACGUGGAACAUGUUUGUUCGACGUGAAGGAUUUUCGGUGCGCAAAUUCCCCGUUUAUGCUUUUGUCCUGGAGGCAAUAAACCAUCCGCGAAAUGA